AUGGUCCAGUCAAAGGUACAGAAUUUGAGAGGUUUAAAAAUCAGCUCUGAUAUUCAGAACUUGGACAAAUAUCCAGGUGAUAUGAACAUUCAAUAUGUUAUAAUUUUUGACUUUAGACUUUUAAGUAUCAUGCCUAUAACAGUGGCCAACAACAGCCGAUUAUUAGUUUCGGAAACUUAUGUAGACUUAAAUCGCAUUUCUGCUGAUAAAUGCAAGUUUGUGCCCAAGUACCCCAGUGAAUCUUCUACCAUGGUCACCUACGCAAACUUUGCUGAUGCAUCCCAGCAGUACGCCGCUUACCCCGAGGCCGCGGCUGCCCCCCUGCCAGACUGGUUCGAUUUCCUCAGCCCUGAUGUCACCGAUACCCAGGGCAGCGAUUCAGUGCCGUUGCCUUCCCCGACGCUGCCGAUGUUGCCGCUCGACGUCAUGAAUGCGCUUGGGUCGACGUCGCCUCCUCACAAGCGUCGUUGUGUCUCGACUACGCCUGAACCUGGCCAAGACUUGUAUCCGUCUCCGCCCCAGACGGCAGCGCCAGUGCCGGUGCCAGUUCAACCCUCGCAGUUUAAUUACGAGUACCAGACGUAUGCCUACCCCGCCUCUCCUGCUCAGUUCUUCCCCAGCCCCGUGGUGCCGGUGGCUCCCUCAGAAGUGCCACAUGACAAGGGGCUUCCAGUGUACCAGGCCAGUGUGUGUGCCCCCUCGACGGCUCCUGCUCCCAUGGUGAUCAGCUCCGCCCUCGGGCCCGUGGCUGUGUCUUACAACUUGACUCCUGCCUUUAAGGGCCGGCGUCCUCCGCGCAGGAGGAGCAAGAACGCGGAGUGCCAGGUGUGCCAGAAGAAGUUCGACAGCCGCUACAAGCUGAAGGCGCACAUGAAUUCGCAUCUGAAUAAGCGCCCCUUCGUGUGUGACAUCUGUGGCCAGGCCUUCCUCAGGAACCAUAACCUGGCGUCUCAUCGUCGAACGCAUGAAGUUGAGUUUGCCUACAGCUGUCAGCAUUGUAACCGUGGCUUCAGGAGGCCGGCGGAGCGGCUUCUUCACCUGUUGCUGAAGGUUUGUCAACGACAGGUUAAUCUGAUCCGGCGAACCACUCACGGCUGGAACUGUCACGUUUGCCAUGUCACGUUCACCGAUCUCUCUUCUGUGCAAGAACACGUUCAACAGCACAAGCUGAGUGAGGGCCCCCGACGGGCCUGUCCGGUGUGCCAUAUUCUGUUCACUGGGCAGCGCGACCAUAAGAUCCUUGCGCAUGUUAAGGCUUACCACCCGGACUACUUGAGAAACCUUGGCUAG